AUGUCCCUGGUCAUCCUGCGUAAGGAGGCCCCUGGCCUUCUCGAUGGGUCACCCCAACCGAUUCCACCUUUGGACAUGGCCAAAUUUAUUCUAUCUGAUCUUGCUGUCCCUACUACUCCUCAAUCGUACGACUCCGAUUCCAGAGUACCCAUUUCAAUCUACAACUGCCAUCAAGUCUUUCAAUUGUAUCGGUCUUAUCAAUUUUCUCAACUUGCUUAUUACUAUUGGCUAUUUCCGUUAGAUCACGCGCGAUCUGUGUCCCCUCCACCUGAAGAGGUCUUACCUCUCGCUACUCAGAGCGAUGCUCACUCCAUCGUUACGGUCACGCAUGUGUCUGAGACUCCUCAACCUACCCCUACCAAAUUGAAGAGACGUCCUCCGAAGAAAACUGGCAAAAAAUUCAAGCUACCAGUGCCAGCCUCGGGUGAACUCGUCACCUUCAUCGAUCACGGAACGACUCGCGAUCCUCAAGGUUAUCCUCUUUAUCCGAAUGGCGAGACGGUGUUUGUCCGGAAGCCUCACGACGACAUCACGAACUUUGGUCACGUCGCCUAUACUCACACCCAAAAAACCAAAGGCACCAAGGACGGACCCUGGAAAACCAUUUGGUAUGCAUGUCUCGGGGUCCUCCGCUGUGACGACGACUUUUGUGCAUAUGCGGCACCUCCUCCAACAGCCGAAGGAAAGGCUGCUGAGUACAUCAAGGACGGAACCCAUAUCUGGACCCAAUGUCCCGGCACCGUCUGUCGAAUUGACAUCCAGAAGGACACCGGUUGGGGCGUCCUUCGCCAUUCCGGUUUCCACGCUCACCCCUGGCCUGCCUCGAAAAAGGCCGACCCCUUGGCGAUGUUGGACCUCACGCAGGAGGUGGUGAAAAACCCGAAGGCCGGACCCUUGGUCCUUAAGGUCUUGGUCGAAAAGGGUCUGAUCCCUGAAAAAGAAAGCAAAGGCGGAGGUGACCGCCUCAUUAUGGACUUGAUGCAUUGGGGAAAUCACGGCCUUCGAUUGAUAUCAACCUCUCUCCUGGGUGCAAACGUGCACAUUACCUUCCAAACGGACUGGAUGGCUGACCAGCUGGUCCGUCGCGACACCUUGGGUAAGGUGUAUUCCGGUGGACUCCUUUCGGAUGUCACCUAUCGAUUCUUUCACCACGGGUACCUUCUUACGACAUCGAUGUAUAGCGAGAUACUCCACCGUUGGAUUCCCAUCCAACUCACGUGGAUGUGGGGCCUGGAAGAGGCGCACUACAAGGCGCACUUCUUGACUCUGCUUGCGCAGAUCAAUGCCGCCGACUUGACUUACCACGAACGGGAUCUCCUGGUCCAACAGGUGGUGGACUUUUCCACCGCGCAAAAGAAAGGUUUUGUAUCUGCUUACAUGGAAGUCUUCCACGAAAACGACCCCGGCAAAGCCUUGAGCAAACUCAAAGGCUGCCAUGAACAUUACCGACAGUCAAUAACUCGGUUCAAGAAGAAUUGCAAUGUUGUUGCCGCGGGCCGAUUGGCUGAGUUCGAAAGCCUUGCUCUGGAUCUCCUCGAACCCAAUAAACCCGGCGACCUGACUCUCACCGACAAAUUUGCUCAAAUCGCUCGACUAUUUCCUAAAGCCAAGCCCUGGAUCGACUGGUGGAACACUGCUGAUAUACACAGCAUGCUGUUCUGCGCCCGGGACCGCCUCCCCAUGGACGAUCCUCCUCUGCCAGAAGGCGAGGACCCGCACGACUAUCCGGAUACCACUAAUGGUCAGGAGUCCAUGCAUUGCCAAUAUUACAUUCUCACGUCUGGUCACUGUACGAUUAUCCAAGGAUUCAUUCAGUUGCUCCUCUUCGCUGAGUCCCUCAAGAGGGACUUCAACAACGUACUCCGAGGGAUCUCGGUGAAGUACGGCAACAGUUGGGAAUCCGUCGUUGAGACCAUGGGUUGGUCAAAAGAACGAACUCGCAGACGCCCAGAAGUCAACGUCGGUCGACCUCCUGAUACGACCGAAGCUUUGAUUCGCCCGAAGAAACUGGGCCGACCCACCGGAUCCAGCAAUGUCAAUCGCGAUCCCCAUUCUUCCUAUCAGUCCUACACGGCAAGCACCGAACCCGGGAUCGAAGGGCAAAGUGGAGAAGGUCUCUUCUCCAACAACCUUCGAUGCUGCACGACCUGUUGCACAGACCGGAACUCGACUUCGACGGACGCGGAUGUAGAUGAAGGGAGUGAUAGAGUCACCGUUGGGAAGCUGAACGAAGGUGACGAUAUCCCUCGCUUGUACGAACGAUCCCGUUUGGAUUUCACUGGGCAACCGAUGAACGUCUACUUCCACCUUCGAGGUGUGGCUGGUCUAACCGAAGAAGAUCGUAUCAGCUUCAUGGGGGAGAUGGACUGGCCUGCCACUUUGGUUCUCAACGAUGUCUCCUACGAAAUAGUCUCAAGGGGUUUUUGGGGUUACCAUCAUUACUGGAGUAAAGUGGUGAGGUAUGUAGAUGGGGUUCGUGGGGUGUGGUUUUAUGACGACCGAAAGGACGAUGGCCGUGCUCAGCUUCUAGGUCGAGAUCUCUCGUCAAUCUCGGGGGCUCAACCGUCAACCACCAAGAUCACGUCGAAGAAUCCAGACGCUCAAGGAGAUUUACCUUUUGUUUCGCAACCGGAUUUGGACGACGUCGAGGAGAUCGAGGAGGAUUUGCCAGACCUGCCUGAAUUGGAUGCUCCUUUGAAGACGUUGGCGAGCGGCGUGGGCACCAGUCAGCCCUCAUCUCACGUCGCCAAGGUCGCUUUUACAUCAGCUGCGUCUCCAGCUGUUGAAGAGCUGGAGGAAUUGGAAACAACGGUUCCUACCGUUGGCUCGCAAGCUGUUUCUCACAGUGACAAGGCCAAACAGGCGUUUAUUCGGGCUCAAAACUGUCCGUCGUCUUCAGCUCCGCCGUCUGUUAUGAGAAGGGAGGAGGGCAAGGAGGAUAACGAUCCUGUUCCAGCUUCCCUGCCCGAAGAACCGAAAGCCAACGUGAAGGGGCCGUUGAAUGUCCGCCUUCGUGUUAACAAGCGCCCGAAAUCUCAGUCUCCGUCACCUCAGAAAGUUCCAAAGGUCAAGAAGGGUGCGGCCAAAGAUAAGAAAGCUUUACAGGCGGUCAAGGAGGAAGAUCUUGAGGAAAAGGGAAAGGCCAAGCCUAAGCUUAAAGGGAGAAAGAAGAAAUGA